AAUUCUAUUCAUCUCACCUUUGACUCCCACACCAGACGCCACUCCACCAAGGCGCCGCCGCCGCCGCCAGCCUUCACGGCUUCCAUCUCACCCUCUCCCCUUCACCUUCCACUUCCUGCACGCAUCACCCACCUACAUCUGCAUGGUCCACGCAGUCAUGCGGUGAGUGCGGAGUGCCUGAGCCUGCACAGCGUGCUGCGUUCCAAGGAGAGAAGAGAACAUUGUCAUCUCAAAUCCGGCCAGAAACGAUUGAGCAACGGAGCCAAUAAUAGGGUCGGGAUUUCAUCUGUGGAGGUGCGGCUCAAAUCUAUUCGAGCUUGCUCCUGCUGUCUGAUGAUUCCAGCGUUCUCCUGCUGUCUACAUCAGAGUACUACUAGAUCGAUCUACAAGUGCAACGUGUAUGUAAACAUGCUUCAGUGCUUGUACAUUGGAGCUUGCUCUUGCUUUUGCCCUCUAGAUCUGUGUGCUACUAGAUCUUCUGUGAGCGCAACGAUGUAUGUUCAAUGUAUUACAAUUUUGUGCAAUGGUGCUUUUUGUUUUGGAAAAAAUUAUUGGAAUCUCCUGGUGUUCAAUUUCUCUCGAUCUUGCACUCUCCAAAAAUUGUAAUUUUCUAUGUCUGUCACUGGAACGGGGACGGGGAUCUCCACGGGGAUGGAUUCCCCGCUCGGGGACGGGGACGGGGGAAACUCAAGCCCCGACGGUGGUCACGGGGACGGGGAUGGAGGAAUAUUUGUCCCCACGGGGACGGGGAUGGGGAGCCAUCCUCCGAUGGAGAAUUCCCCGUUGCCAUCUUUAGUGCCGCUGCAGCCCAGCUGGGACGAGAGAAUCUUUAUCCAAACAGGUUUCCGUGCGCACACGGUUUGCUGUUCCGGCCCCAACUCUACCUCUCGGUACCUUCACGCAUCAUCCCACCGCCAUCUGCAACUCUGUCGUUCCACUUCCAGUCUUCUUUUGCCCCCGAUCCCCCUUUAAUUUCAACUCGCAUCUCUCGUGCAGCCCCAGCCCCAGCGCCAGCCCCCAUGGACCUUCCGGUGGUGGAUCUCGCGCCGUAUCUUCGGGCCGCCGCCGGCGACGCGGCCCCGGCGGGUGAGGAGGAGCUGCGCACGCUGUGCGCCACGGUGAGCGCUAGCCUGCGGGAUACAGGGGCGUUGCUGGUGAUGGACCCGCGCUGCUCCGCGGCGGACAACGACCGCUUCCUCGACGUCGUCGAGAGCUACUUCGCCCGAUCCGCCGACGCAAAGCGCCUCCAGGAACGGCCCCACCUCCACUACCAGGUUGGUGUCACACCCGAAGGGGUCGAGGUUCCUCGCAGUUUGGUCGACAAGAACAUGCAGGAGAAGAUCAGGAGCAUGCCAGAGGAGUUUCAGCCAGCCACGCCUAAAGGGCCGGACCCGAAAUGGCGGUACAUGUGGAGAGUGGGUCCUCGCCCUGCAAAUACUCGCUUUAAGGAGCUAAACUCAGAACCUGUUAUCCCUGAGGGAUUACCUGAGUGGAAAGAGACGAUGGAUUCCUGGGGUUCUAAAAUGAUUUCUGCAAUUGAGGUUGUUGCUGAGAUGGCUGCAAUUGGCUUUGGCCUGUCCAAGGACGCAUUUACUUCUUUGAUGAAGGAGGGACCACAUCUCCUAGCACCAACUGGAAGUGACUUGCAGCGUCAUGGUUCUGAGGGCACUGUUUUUGCUGGAUUCCACUACGAUCUUAAUUUUUUGACAAUACAUGGCCGGAGUAGAUUCCCAGGCCUAAACAUCUGGUUAAGGAAUGGUAAAAAGAUGGAAGUGAAAGUCCCUGUUGGUUGCCUUCUAAUUCAGUCUGGAAAACAGCUGGAAUGGCUUACUGGUGGCGAUUGUUUGGCUGGAAUGCAUGAGGUAGUGGUGUCUAAGAGAACGCUAGAUGCCAUAGCACUAGCGAAAGAGCAAAAUAGAAGUUUGUGGAGGGUUUCAUCAACAUUGUUCGCGCACAUUGCUUCGGAUGCAAUUCUUAAGCCGCUCGGCCACUUUGCUGAAGCACCUGAUGCUCAUUCCUAUCCACCUAUAUGCGCUGGGGAUUAUGUCGAGCAGGAGCUUUCAGUCAUUAACCUGAAAGGAAAGGAUGGAGUAUAGACUCUAUGCAGCAGAUGGAUCUGGUUAUCUUAUGAAUUGACAGAUAUCAGGAUGCAAAACUAAAUUACCCAAACUGGCAAUUGGGUCUUCGUUUCCAAGUGCUGUUGUACUGAGGGUGGUUAAGUUGUUCUGAAGAUAUGUUUGUUCAUUGCUCUCGUUAAGAUAAUGGAUACCCUUCUUUAUGUACCACAUUAUCACUUGUGAAAAUAAAAUGUAUAGCUUACACAUAAAGCUGCUAUUCUCCUAGUGCAAUCCUGAAACUGUUAUUCACCUAGUUCAGUUAUCUGUAAUGUCUAAAACAGAGAACAUUUUCAUCGACCAAAA